AUGGCGCUCGAUCAGUACACCUACGUCUUUGUCAUUGGCACAUUCUUUGCCAUGCUGGAUGCCUACAACAACGGUGCCAACGAUGUUGCCAACGCCUGGGCCACCUCGGUCUCCUCGAGGUCCAUUUCUUAUAGACAGGCCAUGAUUUUCGGUACGAUAUUCGAGAUGCUCGGUGCUAUCACUGUCGGUGCGCGAACGGCCGACACCAUCAAGAACGGCAUCAUCCCCAACGCCGCCUUCCGUGGCGAUGCUGGUGUUCAGAUGCUGGCUUUCACCUGUGCUCUGGCGGCUGCUUCCACCUGGGUCAUGUGGUGUACACGCCACUCGGCCCACGUUUCUUCCACCUACUCCUUGAUCUCGGCUGUUGCUGGUGUCGGUGUCGCUACUGUUGGUGCUAAGCAGGUACAAUGGGGCUGGUAUGAUGGAAAGGGUCUCGGUGCCAUCUUUGCCGGUCUCUUCAUGGCUCCUUGCAUCUCCGCUGGCUUUGGUGCCGCCAUCUUCAUGCUCAUCAAGGUCAUCGUCCACAUGCGCAAGAACCCCGUCCCCUGGGCCGUCUGGUCGUCGCCCUUCUUCUUCCUCGUUGCUGGCACCAUCUGCACGCUGUCCAUCGUCUACAAGGGUUCUCCCAACCUCGGCCUGAACAAGAAGCCUGCGUGGUACAUCGCUGCUGUCACUCUGGGCGUCGGAGGUGGUCUCUGCGUCCUGUCCGCCAUCUUCUUCGUGCCUUUCAUCUACUCCAAGGUCAUCAAGAAGGACCAGAGCGUCAAGUGGUGGAUGUUCAUCUACGGACCUGCCCUCCUCAAGCGCCCGGUCGUUGCAGAGGGUGAGCAGGCCAAGGUUCCUAACUACGCUGUGGUGCAGGAUGAUGACGAGGACGAAUCCUCGGCUCGCUCUGCCGCCUCCAUUGGCGAGUCUACCGAGGGUGCCAACAACGAGAAGAAGCUGGUCGAGAGCGAGACCAAGCAGUUGAGCUACAAGGAGAUGCAGGAGGCUGGCGACCGCAAGCUGAAGGCCAAGCUUAUGGAGAAGAAGGGCCCCAUGGGCUGGGCUCUGCGCACUCUUCGCGACAACCCCAUGGGCCCCGGCCAGAUCUACGAGCUCAACAACAUCAAGAUUCUGUUCAAGCGCAUCCCUGCCAUGGUCGUCUGCGGUCUCCUCUACGGUCUUCACUACGAUAUCCACGCUGCCCAGACUGGUGUUUCCGGGACCCCUGACGGUGCUCGCAUGCAGAGAGUCUACGCUCACGCUGAGAAGUACCCCAACGAGACUGAGCACACCUACUCUUUCAUCCAGAUCAUCACUGCCUGCACUGCCUCGUUCGCCCACGGUGCCAACGAUAUUGGUAACUCUGUCGGACCCUGGGCUGUCAUCUACUCCGCUUGGUCCACUGGCAGCGCUGCUGCCGCCAAGGCUGAUGUCCCCGUCUGGCAACUCGCUGUUCUCUCGGCUACCAUCUCUCUGGGUCUCAUUACCUACGGUUACAACAUCAUGAAGGUCAUGGGUAACAAGAUCACCUACCACUCGCCUAGCCGUGGUUCCUCCAUGGAGAUGGGUGCUGCCAUCACUGUCCUGGUCUUCUCCCAGUACUCGCUCCCCGUCUCCACCUCGAUGUGCAUCACUGGUGCCACCGUCGGUGUCGGUCUCUGCAACGGUACUCUCAAGGCCGUCAACUGGCAGCGAGUCGGUCUCCUGCUGUUUUCGUGGAUCAUGACCAUCCCCAUUGCCGGCACCCUCGGUGGUGUUCUCAUGGGUCUCUUCCUCAACGCUCCCCACUUCUCUUCCUAA